GACACACACAACACCACCACCACCACCACCAAUUCACACUCGUUCGUGCCUGUCAUGGCAGAAACGGCCUCCGCGACCGAUCUGCAGCCUCCGCGCAACAUCCUCUACUGUGGAGUCUGCACUCUGCCUCCGGAAUACUGUGAAUUCGGCGGCACCACCAAAAAGUGCGAGGAAUGGCUGUCUACCAAUGCCCCCACACUCCACUCCCAACUCUACUCCGAGGCUGCCCUCUCGGCCAAUCUCAGCACCCUCUCCGUCGACGCACAAAAACGCGCCGAAAAAGACGCUCAGAAGAAGGCUGCCAAAGCUGAAGCAGCCGAAGCGCGCGAUGCAGAAAAACGAGCGACUUCAAAGAUCAUCAUCAAGAGAGUUGAACGUAACAAGAGGAAAUAUGUAACCGAGAUUCAGGGCUUGGAGGCCUUUGGACUGGAGCUGAAGAAGGUAGCGAAGGAGUUUGGAAAGAAAUUCGCAACAGGAAGUUCAGUCACGAAGACGGCGAGUGGUGGGGAGGAAAUCACAGUGCAGGGGGACGUUGCUGAGGAUGUGGCGGAGUGGUUGGCGGAUACGGGUAAGGUGCCCGAGGAUAACGUGGAGAUUGUGGAGGAUAAGAAGAAGAAGAGUGCGCCGCAGGUUUGAUUGAGCAUGAUGGGGCGAUGAUGUGAAUCGCGUGGUUGAGAAGAAAUGGAGAUGUGAAUGUUUUGGCACCAAGAUGCAUGGCGGGUUGCAGGACAUUUGCUUGCUGACUUGUCAGCAAAUACAUGCUACUGGCCUUGGGGAUACGGCAGAAGAAGCACGAAGCAGAAGACGACCAGACACGCGGCGAUGGGAUGUAGUUCCAUCAGAGAGAAAGAUGGGAUUCGCACGCAAAAUCCAAGAUGAAGCUACCUACGCAUAUGCUUCUGCCUCUUACCAAUCGAUCACGCCAGCCCCUAAGGACUUGAAAUAGUCUACCUACAUUUGCAAUCUGAUCACUCAAUAGUCAUGGCGUACCUGAUACUCCUCUCAAACCCCGCCGCACAAGAUCUCCGACAAACAUAGACUAGGGCGCCGCAGAAUACCGGCCACUUGAAUAGGCAGCUCACUCACUCAC